AUGGUUCAUUCGUGGAGCCUGGCUACCCUGCUCGUGGUGCUGUUGGUCGUGUGCGCGGUCGUGAGGGCGCCGCCACCGCCCAAGGGGGGCUCGUCCAGGUCUUCGGGAGGCUCGUCCAAGUCAUCGGGCGGCACGCCCAAGCCUACUCCGUCGCAGCAGGACACACCCGGCCUCUUCGACGCCCUCAAGAGUGCGAGCGGACAAGUUCAGCACGCGUCGGACAAGUUUCCCGUGAGCUACAAUAUGGCUGCCACGCGGUUCCAGAGCUGGGCCCAGGAAAACAAGGACAGCAUCUCCAAGUCGGCCGUCGACGCCUUCAACUUCGCGCGCACCAUAUUCAAGCCCCUCGAGGCCGAGAUAGCAAAGAAGCCUGGCCCCAAGGCUUAAUUGAAGGUCGGCCGAUGACGCCUCCCCAGUAGCCAUCGCUCACAUUUCAGACGCGAAUAUUCAGGAGGCAGGGUAACGGAUGUGGGCCUUGCAGCCCGCAGGAAAAUGUCAUUCAAGAGCGCGGGACUUGAGUCGGACUUGUAUGAUGUGUCAUGCGCGCUACAAUAAAAUGACCACUAUAGUGUAUGCGCUUAAUGGUACGAGUAACGUGUCUGUGUGCAUCAACUUGCCGCGUUCUUCUUUUGCUUGAGUGAGACCACAGAGACGCGAAACGCCCGCGCUGAUUGAUGGGCGAUGAUUGAACACUUAUUGUUAUAGCAUUGCUAUCGGUACUAUUACCCAUAAGUUCCAAGCGAAGUUACCAAGUAAAGCUUGGCUCACAUGAAGGUAGAUACAGUCCCCGUGGCACGGAACCACUCGUUCACACUUUACCGGCUAGAAUUCGGCUUUGGCUUCAGAAGAAAUUUCUACAAGUUCAGAGGAUUAUUUGUGUACGUGGGAAAAAUCAUCCUUUUGCUGAUUAUAUAACGACACUGUUUCCAUUCAGAUACAACCAAGACACCACACGUCUUUGUCAGGGCAUUUUGUGCGAUGUACGAUUUACAGAACGUCCGUCAUUCCGCUGCACGACCAGAUGUUUAAUUUAAAACUUGUGUGGUCAGAUACACCGGUCCUUUUGUGUUUGUACUAUGCACGUUGGAAAAUAAUAAAACAAUGUUUUCGAGCUGA